AUGGGGAACUGCAAUUUCAGGAUAGAAAGAGAGAAAGACUCAGUUACUAUUUUAUCAAAGAACAACUUUUAAUUUUGGUAUGCAAUCGGCAGAGGAGGGUUCGGAAAGGUAUGGAAGGUAGAGAAAAAAAAGGAGAAGGAGACUUUUGCAAUGAAAGAGAUGUCAAAAGCUAGAGUUAUGGCAAAGAAAAGUGUCCAGUCGGUGAUGAAUGAACUGAAACUGCUAUCGCAAAUGAAAAGCUUAUUCUUAGUAAAUAUGCAUUACGCAUUUCAGGACAGAGAGAAUCUGUACUUGGUCAUGGACUUGCUGACGGGUGGUGAUUUGAGAUAUCAUAUUGCAAAAUAAAGAAAAUUCAAUGAAGAGGAAACCAAAUUUUUCAUAGCUUGUUUACUUGAAGCGCUAGAGAUAGUGCAUGGAUGUGGAAUUAUACAUAGAGAUAUCAAGCCUGAAAACUUGGUAUUCGAUUAAGAUGGGUAUUUAAGACUAACAGAUUUUGGCAUUGCGAGAUAUUGGUCUCCAGAUAAUGCUUAGGAAACCUCGGGUACACCUGGCUACAUGGCACCAGAGGUAAUGUGUCGUCAGAAUCACGGGGUAGCUGCUGAUUACUUCGCAGUGGGAGUUAUUGCUUAUGAAUGCAUGAAUGGCAGAAGACCAUAUGUUGGAAAGAGCAGAAGAGAAAUUAGAGAGUAAAUUCUAGCUAAAUAGGUUUAGAUUAAGAGAUUUGAAAUCCCAGAUGGAUGGACUCUUGAAUCAGCUGAUUUCAUUAAUAAGUGCUUAUAAAGAAAACCUUCAAAUAGGAUAGGAUUGAAUGGCAAUCAUGAGGUUAAGUCACAUAGCUGGUUUAAAGAUGUCAAUUGGCCUAAGUUAAAAGAGAGAAAGAUAGUUCCAACCUUUAUUCCCAAUUAAAAUGAAGAUAAUUUUGAUCUAAAACAUGUGAACAAUAAUGAUUGGAAAGAUGCUGAUGUAGUAAAGGAUAAUCAACUUCUAUUACGAAGAAACUCAAUUCAAAACCUAUUUAAAGGAUAUUAUUACGAUAAAAAUAACCAUACAGUAGUGACACCAAGCACCAAAUAAAAUUCAGUCGUUGUUGACUCCGUUAGUAAAGAAGUAAAAGGCAUCGAUGUUGAGGGAGAGGAAAAUGUUGAUGAUGAUGCAGAUGCCAAAUGGAACUAAAUCCCCGAGAAAGACAAUCAAUGA